AUGCCCACAGCAGGCGCGAGAGCAGGCCAGCAGACCAAGAAGCAGGGGGAAGAGACAGCAGAAAAAGAAAGAUACAAGGAUCAGGAUGGUCGGCGUGAGGCCCCGCCCGCGUAUCCUUGCAAGCUCCGCGUCCUCGGAGCCCCGAUUGGCAUCCAGCGGAAGUAUCCCAUUGGCCCGACGCCAACUUCGAGCGACUCGGCCCCCCUCUUCUGUUCCUCCCAUACCACAGUACGGAAGAGGUACUUUCCCACGCCAGCCUCUUUCCCACCGCAACUCUGCAUGACCGGGUUUCUUUGUAUCUUCUCGAGUCGCGACUCCAACAUUCACAGUGUUUUUGAUACCAUCAACCAGGAGUCGUUUCUCUUCCCGGUCAAAGAAGCAACGAUUAAGAUGGCCGUUCCAUUCCAGAGAUGGAAGGACAGAAUCCGAGCCAUUAUCGUUGGUUUGACGCGGUUGGAUCGACUAUACACUAUCCGUAAACCCUUCCUUUUCCCAAACAUUUCAGCACAGAUCAGAGUCCGGGGACGGCGGCAAAGCACAGCAAAGAAGGCAGCGAAGCAUGCACGGACCGUGGGAUAG